GACCCAGCAAGUGCAAGCGGAGCUAAGGCAGCCGUCUGAGCCGAGCAGGAAUGUGAGGCUCGCUCAUUUGAAGUUAAAGAUAGAGGCAGCGCAGGCUGGAGCCUGACAGUUUCUAAUUUCAGCCGGCUGCUCUCGCUUCACUGCACUGCUUUUGUUGUGGUGCUCGGGCCUGUUGAGAAAGCGAGAGGGACGUCUACGGCAGGAGCAACGGUACAGGCAACACAACUUUGUAAAUACGAGCGCGCGAGAGAGAGAGAGAGAGAAAGAGAGAGACAGAGAGAGAUAGAGACGGACCAUGGUGCUCUCUGGCGGAAUGAUCGAGGAAGCUGAGCGUAGCAGCAGCGCCAUGGCAGACAGAAGACAACUGUUUGCUGAGAUGCGAGCUCUACAGUUGGAUUCCAUCAGACUUUCCACCUACAGAACUGCAUGCAAGCUCAGAUUCAUUCAGAAGAGGUGCAAUCUGCACUUAGUAGACAUCUGGAACAUUAUCGAAGCCUUCCGGGAGAAUGGCCUUAACACCUUGGACCUCAACACAGAGUUCUCAGUCGCACGACUCGAAGCAAUACUGUCCACCAUCUUCUUCCAGCUGAACAAGCGGAUGCCCACUACACACCAGAUCAACAUGGAGCAGUCCGUGUUGCUUCUGCUCAACUUCCUGCUGGCGGCAUACGACCCGGAAGGUCUUGGCAAGAUCUCGGUGUUUGUCGUGAAGAUGGCGCUUGCUACGUUAUGCGGAGGGAAGAUUAUGGACAAAUUAAGAUAUAUUUUUUCUCAGAUAGCCGACCCCACAGGCGUGAUGAUUUAUUCCCAGUUCGACCAGUUCUUGAAGGAGGUGCUCAAGCUACCCGUUGCCGUUUUUGAAGGACCGUCUUUUAGCUACACCGAGCAGACCGCAAGGACUUGCUUUGCACAACAAAAACAGGUUUCUCUGAACACGUUCCUGGACACCUUCAUGUCCGAUCCUCCGCCACAGUGUCUUGUAUGGUUGCCACUUAUGCAUCGGCUUGCUAAUGUGGAGAACGUCUUCCACCCAGUUGAGUGCUCCUACUGCCACAGCCAAAGCAUGAUGGGAUUCCGCUAUCGUUGCCAACAAUGCCAUAAUUACCAGCUCUGUCAGGAGUGCUUCUGGAAGGGACAUGCCUCCGGCUCCCAUAGCAACCAGCACCAGAUGAAGGAAUACACAUCGUGGAAAUCUCCUGCUAAGAAGUUAUCAAAUGCCAUCAGCAAGUCUCUGAGCUGUGCCUCAAACCGGGAGUCACUCCAUCCCAUGUUCUCUGACGUUCCUGAGAAGCCUCUAAACCUUGCUCAUGUGGUGCCUCCAAGGCCAGUGAACAGUGUUAAUGAGUACACCCUGUCCCACACCAUGCCCUCGACCAACAAGCCCAUCAGAGUAGCUGGGAAUGAGGACAAUAAACCGAGAAAGCUCCUGACCAGGGAUACUCCAGACCUACUGAAAGGGAAAGGGGUUCAGUACAGCCUUGAUAUUGCGGACAGACUCGCAGAUGAACAUGUUCUCAUUGGGUUAUAUGUGAACCUCCUCCAAAACAACCGCACCUGUUUGCUGGAAAGCAGGACUAAUAACCAGGAUGAUGAGCACUACCUCAUUGCCCGCUAUGCUUCCCGAUUGGCUGCCGACAGAGCGUCAGUGCCAGCCAGAGUGCCGACUGACCUGUCUCUCUCUCUGGACACGAACAAACAACAGAGGCAACUCAUCGCUGAACUAGAAAGCAAAAACAAGGAAAUCUUGCAGGAGAUUCAGCGGUUACGACAGCAGCAUGAUGAAGCAUCUCAGCCUCUAGCUGACAAAAGCCAGCAAAACCCUACACUGCUCACUGAGCUACGUCUUCUUAGGCAGAGGAAGGAAGAACUGGAAGACAGGAUGUCUGCUCUUCAAGAGAGUCGAAGAGAGCUGAUGGUGCAGCUGGAACAGCUCAUGUUACUGUUGAAGGAGGAAGAACGGAAGCAGAAUCAAGGUCCAGGCUGCUCCUCUCGUUCUUCCCCAAGCCACACAGCCAGCAGCUCCAUCCCCAUGCCAGUACCGUCAACUUCCGGCAACACGACACCCAGUCAGACGCCUCAGGACUCGCUCAUGGGGCUAGGAGGAGACGUCAUACAAGCUUUUUCUCAGAGUUCAAGACGAAACUUGAGGAACGACCUGCUCGUGGCUGCGGACUCCAUCACCAGCACCAUGUCAUCACUGGUUAAAGAGCUUAACUCGGAAGCUGGAAGCGAGUGCGACAGUAACACUGACGCCGAAGCUGAUGGAUACACGUCACGGGUGUUAAAUGAGGACCUGGAAGAAGAGGGAGGCUAUGAGAAGGAGCUGGAGCGGCGUCUGGAGAGAGAACUGAGGAUGGACGAGAAAACACCUGCUGGAGGAAGUUUACAUGUACUGAAGAACCGAGGACUUGACAAGGACGAGGGCUGAAUCUACUGAGCAUUAACACCACUUCUGUAAAUAAAUGUUUUUUUUUUAAAUCUAAAAGAAAAAAAAAUUGUGUUUUAGAAAAAUACUGUGAACUGACUCAGAGAUUAUGCAGAGCAGAUACGUCGUAACACCACCAGUGCCAUAAAAUGAAGACGCAUGGACAUUGUUUUGCCGAACAUUUUGUGUACUGUACUUCAGAAAGUGGCGGGAAAAUCAGGUCAAACAAAGCUGCUAUCUUUUAUAGCGUACGUCACACCUCGCACUGACUCGCCUGGCUAGAUUUUCGCUCUCAACGUCGCUGGAGAUUUUCUGUUUCUUUUCAGUCUCGGCCGCUUCUUCGGGUUUUUCAUUUGAAGCGGAUUUUAAGCUUGACGUAACUUCGAUAUAUAAAUUCGUAUAUUCGCACCUGAAAAUCCCAAAUGACUACACUGCCUUAGCUUAGCUAAUCGGGUUAGCGCUUGAAGAAUUGCGAUAAAUUAUUAGCAUUUUUUUUUGGUCAUUUUACACUGGUUCACAAAAAUGAGUGAAAUGAGCAGCUCGAUUCACCAAGAAAGUGAAUUGACCAAUGUCAAUUCAAAAUACGGUUGAAAAAAAGCUGACUCAUCUUUAGAAACAUUUCAAUAGAAAUUUUGUAAAUUUGAAAUUCUAUACACGUCACGUUAAAUAAAUUUUCUUGGGUUUGAGGAAUUAACAAAUUUUUACGUUUGUGAACUUGCUAGGGGGUUUGCCUAUAAAAAUAAAUGUAAAAAAAUAUCGUUUUAAUUUUUAUUUAACGUGACGUGCGUAUAAUCCAAAAAUUCAUACUGAAACACCUUCAAUACAAAAAAAAUAUGCUAAUGAGUUAAAACACUGUGUUCAUUACAUUACUAAAGCACAUGUUUGAAGUCAUUCAUUCGUUCAUGCACUAAACAAAUACAAGUAUUUUAAUUUAAUGUUUUUAAAACGUUCACCGUUUCGGCACAGCAGAAAAUAUAUAUAUAUAUAUAUAUUCCACACUCUUGUACACAUUUUAAAUAAUACUCUGUCCACCAUGUUGAACUGGUUUGUUACAUUUUGCAUGGCAGCAAGUUAAAAAGAAAAACAAACAAACAAACAAACAAAUAAAUAAAUAAAUAAAGGUGUUCUGUGGUAUUCGGA